UUAAACUCAAAACAUUAACGAGUUUUUUUGACAAGGAGACGCGAUCAGGAGUACGAGAAUUAGGAGUUGACAAGCUCUUGUGGAAAAGUGGUGUGAUAAAUCGUGAUACAUCCCUGUGGAGUAAAAUAAUACCAUUGAUCGAACCAUGAAACCCUCUCGCCCUAAGCCUCCAACUUCUGCACGAAAGCCUACAACCCGACCAAGAGCUCAUAGUGUGAAAGAUCCGGUUCAGGUUUAUUGUCGAUUGAGACCGAUGCAAUAUGAAACAGAUACGCCAUGUAUGAAGGUUGUAUCUCCAACGACAAUAGUGAUAACACCGCCUGAAUCAUCAUCAAAUUUUCGAAAUGGAAAUUAUAAGGAAAUCCAGACAACUUUCAAUCGAGUAUUUCUGCCAGAUGUUGGACAGCAAGAAGUAUUUAAUGUCGUGGCUUUACCCCUGGUUGAAAAUCUUAUUAAAGGAAAGAACAGCCUUUUAUUCACAUACGGGGUAACUGGAAGCGGCAAGACUUUUACCAUGACUGGAGAACACCAGAAUGGAGGAAUAAUGCCACGCUGUCUAGAUGUCAUUUUUAACAGUAUUGCUAAUGUCCAAGCAAAAAAGUUUGUCUUCAAGCCUGACAAGUUAAAUGGCUUUGAUGUGCAGAGCGAAACAGAUGCGAUGUUAGAUAGGCAAAGCGAGCUUCAUGCAGGAUUCAUGACACCAAGACCUGGUAAACUAGGCCGAAACCGCAAAUGUGAUAGCGACAGUGACAGUAAUCCAAUGAUUGUCAGAGAGGCUGAUGAAUCACAGAUGCUUCCCAUUGAACAUGAUAAUCUGUAUGCGGUUUUUGUGACGUAUGUGGAAAUAUAUAAUAACAGCGUUUAUGAUCUACUCGACGAGGAGGACGUGAGGAUGAAGACCCUUCAAAGUAAAAUUGUACGCGAAGAUGGAUGCAAAAAUAUGUAUGUCCAUGCAGUAACGGAAAUCGAGGUAAAGAGUGCCGAAGAAGCGUUCGAGGUAUUUCAACGUGGUCAACGUCGACGCCGUGUCGCGCAUACGGCUCUAAAUGCAGAGUCUAGCAGAUCGCAUAGCGUUUUUACAGUCAGACUAGUUCAGGCACCAUUGGACUGUCAAGGCGAACAGGUGAUUCAGGAUAAAAGAGUAAUUCAAAUCAGUCAACUAUCUCUGGUCGAUCUUGCAGGUAGUGAACGUACAAAUCGAACAAAAAAUACCGGACAAAGACUGAGAGAAGCAGGAAAUAUAAACAAUUCAUUGAUGACACUGCGUUCAUGUUUGGAGAUAUUGAGGGAAAACCAACUUCAGGGAACUAACAAGAUGGUCCCUUAUAGAGAUUCUAAACUGACUCAUCUUUUUAAAAACUAUUUUGAUGGGGAAGGCCAAGUUCGCAUGAUAGUCUGCGUUAAUCCAAGAGCUGACGAUUACGAUGAGACAAUUCAAGUAAUGAAGUUUGCUGAAAUGACUCAAGAGGUGCAAGUCACACGGCCCACCAUCACAAAGUUAGAUCUUGGUUUCACGCCAGGGAGAAGACAAGCUAACAAGAUUUUCAAAGAGGCUAGAAGUAGAUUGGAAAAAGAAAGAAGGCUUGAUACUGGCGACCUAGAAGUCGAUUUGGGACUUGUGUAUAGCCUGGGCGGUCCAUUCCCAGAAUUGGAAGUCACCAGUCCUCACAACGACCAGAUAAUUACAAAUUUAAUGCACUUUUUGGAGCAGCGAAUCAACAAAAGAAACAUUCUACGUUCAGAUUUAGAUCAGAAACAAACCGACUUCAGAAAGAUUUUACUAAUGGUGGAACAGGAAAAUAUGACUCUAAAAGUUGAAAAUGCUACUGUUAAAGCAUUUAGCGAACAGGAAAGAAAAAAGAUAUCAGCCUUGGAAGGUCAUCUUUGCAAAACGGAAGCACAAAUAGACAGUUUACUACGUAAAUUAAACGGCGCGAAUGACACAAUAAGAACGUUGCAACAAGAGUUGAAGGACCGGGACAUGGUUCUCAACCAACGUAUAAUAGAUAAGCAAAGGGUGAAGCAGAAAUAUAAUCAUAAAAUGCAGGCCGAAGCCGAAAAAAUGUCCCGGGAAUUGGAUAUUAAACUGCGACAACAACGUCAACAUUUACAGAAUCAGAUGAAGGAGAAGGAAGAUAAGCUUCGGCUUGUCAAGCAGAUCUUAGUUGAUGAAACCAGUGGUUCAUCUUUGGGUAUUCCGAUUAAAGAUACCGUACCGAUACAGACCGCGCUCAGCGAUGGUGGCGAACCGGUGACACCAAAAUCUGAAAGCACUCAUACAUCUCGAAAAGAUAAAGUACCUGUAGUAAAUCUCAGGCAUAGACGUUCUCAAAGCGCUGACAGAUGGGUAGAUCACAGGCCAGGAGCUCUGGUCCCUGUUGGAACAGUACUUCAACCAUUGAUGAAUCGGCGACGUAGCAUCACUCGGCUUACUGACCCUAAAGACAUCACCGAAGGUGCAUCCAGAUAUUGCCUUGUAGCUCAGGAACAUGAUACGGAUGGGGAGCUUGAGACUAAAUUGUACAAGGGUGACAUUGUACCUACAAGUGGUGGUGGAGCUCAAGUUGUAUUCAAUGACGUGGAAUGUUUGAAACAAAUGUCUCCGACUGCAAGGAGGAAGCGCAGUGGAGCACACAAUACACAAGCUAACGGGCAUACCAAUUCUUCGGAUCAUUGCUCAUCAGCUGUUGAAGCCCACACCAAGAGGCCUAGGAUGUAGGGGAAUCAUUCCGGUACGUUAUGAUAUAUUACGAUAUUUAAUCAUUACUCGGGAUAGUAUUGAAGAAUUAUUUCGUUAAUGUGACACUCAAAUUACGGCGCUUCUAAAUUGAGCCGGUAAUUAAUUCAACUCUAACUUGUUUGUUUGUACACUUUUCAACUGGUUUCUCGGAUGUUGAAAUGAACGUUUUUUCGUUUAUACAUUCACCAACGAACUCUUGAUGGCAAAUUUAAGCUACAGAUAUCGAUAGAUCGUAUACGUGAAAACAAACGAGCAGCAUUUUAUUUCGUAAUAAUAUACUUUGACCUGAAUCAGACUACUUGCAAAAAUAUUUAGAGGAUUCCUUGACAAGAUGGCUUUUCAUCAAGUAUCAGGCAAAAUUCAAAUCCAAAAUGAAUAACAAUGUUUCUUCAAUACGAAUUAUUGAAUCGGUAAUUUUAUACCAAUCUCAAAUGCGCUCUGUAUGUUUUACAAACUCUUCAAGAAUACGAGAUUGUUGUGCAAUGUGCAGAAAUUAUAACAACAUCCUUGUAAAGACAUUAUACUUGGAACAUAACAUACUCAACUGUCUUCAAGUUAUAAAUAUCCAAUAUAAGUAUUCAAUAAAUAGCCACUAAAAUUUGUUCAAAUAAAAAUAUCCCCGUAUGUAACGGUAUAUCAUUCACAGCAUUUGAAUGCUGAACAUUAACGUUAUUUAACUAUUUUUUAUGCGAAUAUCGAAGCUAUGUAAAAGUGCGAAUGAUACUGAAUUGAAUUACGAUAUUUAUUUUCCGAUAUUUGUAAUCUUUAGAAUGUGCGAGUAGUUGAUCUAUGUAAACUAUGAACGAAAAAAUAAAUCGAGAUCUGCGCGUGA